CUUAAACCAAAUAUUAUUGUAUGAAACCACAUCAUUGCACUCUUCUUCCCCAGUAUGGACUAGGAACCUUUAUUUGGCUUGAUAUCGAUUUUACCCGAACAGUUGAACUUGUGACACCGCGCUGUCAAAAGCAGGAAGUUAAGAAUGUGAAGUAUGAUGCGGCAUCUCCUCUCAUUGAUCUCAUUUCCUCAUGUAUUAUUUUUAUUUACGCAGUCUCUAACCACGAGCACCUGGACGUGUUGGGUGUAUGCUCUGUAAGCUCACCCCACAAAGACUUCACCAGCUUAACGACAGCAGGAACACGGCAUGCUAACCAAACUGUCUUUGGAGCAAAGGAAAACCAGACCAAAGUGACACUAAUGCUGAUGAUUAGUCCCAGAAUGGCCUCAGGAAUGCAAGAGAAACAGUACACACCAUCUCUGCUCAAUUUCUUCAUUUACAACCCCACAUUUGGACCACGGGAAGGAGAGGAAGAGAAGAAGAUCUUGUUUUACCACCCAAGUGAUGUGGAGAAGAACGAGAAGAUACGAAAUGUGGGCCUUUGUGAGGCCAUUGUACAGUUCACCAGGACGUUCUGUCCAACAAAACCAGCUAAAUCCCUGCACACACAGAAGAACCGGCAGUUUUUCUUUGAGCCUGAGGACAAUUUCUGGAUAGUCAUGGUGGUUCGAAACCCAAUGAUCGAGAAACCAAACAAAGAUGGCAAACCUCCCACAGUAGAAUAUCAGGAAGAGGAAAUACUUGACACUGUUUACGGUGCAGUAGUGAGGGAAUGCUACAGUAUGUACAAGCUCUUCAAUGGUACAUUUGGCAGAGCAAUGGAAGCCGGCGGAGUGGAGCUGCUCAUUCAAAAGCUUGAAAAGUUCUUCUACAGGUAUCUGCAGACUCUCCACUUGCAGUCCUGCGACUUGCUGGAUGUAUUCGGAGGCAUCAGCUUCUUCCCUCUGGACAAGAUGACCUACCUGAAGAUCCAGUCCUUCGUCAACAGAGUGGAGGAGAGCCUCAGUCUGAUCAAAUACACAGCCUUCCUGUAUAACGACCAGCUUAUCUGGAGCGGACUGGAACAAGAUGACAUGAGGAUCCUGUACAAGUACCUGACCACCUCGCUGUUCCCCAGACAUUCUGAACCAGAGUUGGCUGGCAGGGACUCUCCUCUGAGGCCGGAGGUCGCAGGGAAUCUGUUGCACUAUGGGAGGUUUUUGACAGGACCUACCAAUCUUAAAGAUCCGGAGGCCAAAUUCCGAUUUCCUAAAAUAUUUGUCAGCACAGAGGAUGGCUACGAGGAGCUGCAUCUGAUUGUCUAUAAGGCCAUGAGCGCUGCAGCUUGUUUUAUGAUCAGCGCCUCCGUGGAGCUGACGAGGGACUUCUGUGAACAGUUGGACGGUUUGGUGGGCCCUCAGCUUACUUUGCUGGCAUCUGACAUAUGUGAACAGUUCACAGUUAACCGCAGGAUAUCGGGGCCAGAGAAGGAGCCCCAGUUUAAGUUCAUCUACUUCAACCACAUGAACCUGGCGGAGAAGAGCACCAUCCACAUGAGGAAGACUGCCAGUGUUUGCCUCACCUCUGUCCACCCUGACCUCAUGAAGAUCCUGGGAGACAUCAACUGUGACUUCGCCAGGGUUGAUGAGGAUGAAGAAAUCAUCGUAAAGGCUAUGACAGACUACUGGGUAGUCGGCAAGAAGUCAGACCAGAGAGAACUAUAUGUGAUCCUCAAUCAGAAGAACGCCAACCUGAUCGAAGUAAACGAGGAGGUUAAGAGGCUUUGUGCGACGCAGUUCAACAACAUUUUCUUCUUGGACUGAUGGAGCUGACAGACUGGGACUGUUUCACCACACUAAAAACUGUCAGUGUUGCAGGGUAUCAUGACAGCAUCAGCGUAAUGCAAUAAUUGCAUUGUAAAAUAAAAAAAAAUGAAAAGCUUUGUCACCAAGUUUAUUUUUAUUUUAUUUGACCUAUAAAAAUUGUAAUUUUCUCUUGUAAUUAAGUGUAAAGCCAGAUUUUAAAUGUACUUUAUUUUCUUUGAUUUUCUUUGUACAUACUUGUAGGAUUUUGUUGACUGUCACUUUGGAUUUCUUUCCAAACCAUUUGUUCAUCUUUUUUUAAAUGAACACAUCAUGACAAUGUCUCAAAUGAAUUAAAAAAACUGACGCACAAAAAACAGUUAACUCCAGGUUCCUCAGAUGAUCACUGAUACUUUUAAAAUAAGAUGUCAUCAUGUCAAAAGUAUUGUGGUUUGUAAACAAACUGAGCUAACUUUAAAUAAAUUAAGAAGCAAUUUUA